GUUUAAUUAAUUAGAAAACCGAGAUAGAAUCGCAUAUUUGUGGAUAAUCUCUCUGCCUCCCUCAUUUUCUCCUGUGUCUCUGCUGCUGCAAACUGCAAAUGUCUACUUCUCUGCUCCGUUCAACUCCUUCGCAACUCACCAACUCCGGCAGGAUGAAUCUUAUAAGUUCAAAUACCCAUUUAGGCAUAUUGUCCGUCUCCUUUUAUCACCGUCCCUCUCAAAGUUGCAAUAUCAAGCUUUGUUUUUCCACUAGUGGGUUGUGUUCACGUCUUGGCACGAGGUGCUGUGUUGUCUCGGCUACCUCAUCCAAGUUGUACGAAAACAAAGGAAUUAAUUCAAGUAUUGAUUCUCAAAGCAGGUAUACAGAUUUAAAGGACGACAUGGGUAGCAGCCUCAGUAUUCUUGAGGAGCAGCUGAGGGACUUAUUUAAUGAAGUCCAUGCCAUGAUAAGAAUAGGGAAGGAAAAUGAGGCCAGAGAUCUGCUUCUAGCAAAUUUUGAAGCUGUCAAAGAACAGAUUGAUGCAGGCCUCAAGGGUAUAGAAGAAGCAGCUAUUCUUGAUGUAAUAGCCUUGGGGUACAUGGCCCUUGGAGACAUAAGGACUGUCAAACCCCUGUUGGAUGUGUUGAGCGAGGUUGUUGAUGACUUGAAAGAUGAGGAGCCUCUUCUGGACUCGAUACUCACUCAUAUGGGUAAUAUGUAUGAAAAGUUGGAAAAUUUUGAGAUGUCCAUUUGUGUGUAUGGAAGAGCUGUCAAAGUUGUUGAGAGACUAUAUGGAAAUACCAGUUCUUUUGUCGUCACUCCAUUGUUAGGAAUGGCAAAAGUUUUGGGUUCUACUGGAAAGACCAAAAAAGCAAUAGAAACAUAUCAACGCGUAGUGAAAAUUCUUGAAUCUAGCAGGGGUGAAGAGAGUGAGGAACUGGUAGUGCCUUUAUUUGGCAUGGGCAAUCUUCUUCUGAAGGAAAGGAGAGUGACUGAUGCAGAAAAUGCUUUUAACAGAAUUUUGACCACGUACAUGAAGUUAUAUGGAGAAAAUGAUGGCAGAGUUGGACUGUCCAUGAGUUAUCUUGCACGUGUGAAAUGUGCAAAAGGAGAUGUGAAUGAAGCCAUUGAUCUGUAUAAAGAGGCUCUUCGCAGGCUGAAGGUUUCUGAUUAUAUAGCCAUAGAUGAUCACAUAAUGGAGAAGAUGAGGGUAGACUUGGCUGAAUUACUUCAUGCAGUUGGAAGAGGUGAAGAAGGCCGUAUGCUACUGGAGGAGUGCUUGUUGAUAACUGAGAAGUUCAGGGGUGAAGGGCAUCCCAGUUCAGUCUCUCAUCUUGUGAAUCUAGCCACUUCUUAUUCACAGUCCAAACUUUUUGCAGAAGCUGAGCGCUUGCUAAGGAUGAGUUUGCAUAUUAUGUAUAAGAAUGUUUCACCUGAUGAUCAAUCCAUUACUUUCCCAAUGCUGCAUCUUGCAGUUACUCUCUACAAUCUAAACCGUAAUGAGGAGGCCGAAAAACACGCAUUAGAGGUUCUGCGAAUCCGGGAGAGGGCAUUUGGAGAAGAUUCUCUACCAGUUGGGGAGGCUCUUGACUGUUUGGUCUCCAUUCAGACCCAGCUGGGGAAGGAUGAUGGUGAAUUGCUGGAGUUGCUCAAGAGGGUACUGAAAAUUCAAGAGAAAGCUUUCGGUACUGACAGUGAGGAAGUCAUGGAAACACUUAAAAAAGUUGUAUAUUACUUGGAGAAGAUGGGGAGGAAACAUGAGGGACUCCCUCUGGAAAGAAGAUUAUCAAAGCUCCGAACGAAAUUUAAGCAAAUGGUUCAAUAUUAAAGAUCCUACAAGGCCGCAUGUUUGACGUGUAAUUAUUUUCAUGCUAUUAACAGUUCGGAUCAUUGUGGUUGCAAGAUAAAAAUGUCCUUCUACAGGGAGUUCGUGGUGGACAAGGAAGACAGCCAAAACUAACAAAUUUACAGGCAUAUGAAAGAAAUUCUUUUUAGCUCUAUCUAUCGAAGAGUGUAGUGAUAUUUCAGAGAACAUUCAGAACCAGAUAUGAAAAGCUUAGGGGACAGUUACCGUCAAAUGAAUACUACCAAAGGUGUGGAAUUGCAUUGGACAUGUCGAACCAAAUGAGACGGUGUCCACAUUCCAACUACUAUCUGAUUGACUACAAUGUACAAUGUAGUUGAACACUGGAAAGUGAUAGCAAGCCUGAUCAUCUUUUGGCAAUGAAAAAUGUCACUGGUGACUCCUUUCGACUCUCUUUACAUGAGAUAAUGACAUUGAUGUACUUAGUUGAAAUAACACCGGUGGUGCAUACAGAAUCUUCUGCAAGGUAUCUUGUCAAUCUGAAGGUUGAAGAAUCACAUGCUCUUUUGGACUUGGAGUAGAAACUCAGAUGGUGCUCUAUAGAAAAACUCCAGCUGCAAGCCUGCAACAUAACUGGCUAAUCUGAAGGUUGACGACGCAUAUGCUCUUUCUUGUCAAUGUCAAUGUUGUAAGAAUAGAAAAAAGACAUCAUUGAACCUAACAUUUACUAAUGAUUUCUAAAGGUAAAUACGUAUAUUUUGCACUACCCAAUGUCCAGAUUCUUGAAGUUCAUUGUAGUUCUUGUAUUUGAGCUAUUCUUAUUUUGGAACUGAAUUAUCAA